UGCCCAAUCAUUGGUAUCAGUGGGAGGAAUAGUACCCCAUCAUUGGUAUCAGUGGGAGGAAUAGUGCCCCAUCAUUGUUAUCAGUGGGAGGAAUAUUGUCCCAUCAUUGGUGUCAGUGGGAGAAAUAGUGCCCCAUCAUUGGUGUCAGUGGGAGAAAUAGUGCCCCAUCAUUGGUGUCAGUGGGAGGAAUCGUGCCACAUCAUUGGUGUGAGUGGGAGGAAU